AUGAAUGGGAAAGGUGUGAACUUUUUUCUGUCUUCCUUAACCAUUUUGGCUGAGCAAUCUGAGCAGGGCAACAUUGACUCUUCAACAAAACGCGGAGAAUCUGCAAAGCUACUUUUCAAAACCGUCACUUGCAUCUUCCGCCAAGUCAAUAUGAUGUGGCUCAAUAGUCAUAGACACAAUAUUAAUAUUCUCGCACCACCCACCAAAGUAAUUUCCAUUCUCAUUAAGUUGUUGGCAGGGAUCAUGUCGAGCAAUUCGUUGAAGGAGAACGGUGUUGAGGUUUCUGUGGCGAAGAAUUAUAGCAAUGGCCAUGGUGGGGGUGUGAGGGACUUGUAUGGUGAGGAUAGUGCCACAGAAGACCAGCUUAUCACUCCAUGGACUUUCUCUGUGGCCAGGUAUCACUACUUAGCAUUUGACAUAUCGAAAAAGACAACAUGGAAUUUGUCUUUUGUAGCUUUUAUUUACGUAUUUGGAUCUGUGGUCAUUUGUUUAUGUGGUCGGGUUAAUGCGGGAGUUUUCUUUCUGGCUAUGCUAGACUUGUUUUCUGAUCAUCUCCAAAAAAAAAAUUUGAAUUUUUUUCCCCAUUUCAUGGCAUUCUUGGAUUAUGUGUGGUUGAGUUUGGCAUAUCACCGGAUAGUGGAGUUAUUUGAUAAUGUAAUGCUUCAUGAGGCUAUUAUUGGAUGCAGUUUGCUGAGAGAUCCACGCUACAACAAGGGACUGGCCUUUACCGAGGGAGAGAGAGAUGCUCAUUACUUGCGUGGCCUUUUGCCUCCAGCCGUCUUCAAUCAGGAACUUCAGGAAAAGAGGUUGAUGCACAAUCUUCGCCAGUAUGAGGUUCCUCUGCAUAGGUACAUGGCCUUGAUGGAUCUUCAGGAGAGGAAUGAAAGGCUGUUCUACAAGCUUCUAAUCGAUAAUGUUGAGGAACUGCUUCCUGUUGUUUACACUCCAACGGUUGGAGAAGCAUGCCAGAAAUACGGAAGCAUUUUUAGGCGUCCUCAGGGUCUAUAUAUCAGUUUGAAAGAAAAAGGCAAGAUCCUUGAAGUACUGAAAAACUGGCCGGAAAAGAGUAUUCAAGUUAUAGUUGUGACCGAUGGUGAGCGUAUAUUAGGACUCGGAGAUCUUGGCUGCCAGGGAAUGGGAAUUCCUGUUGGGAAACUUUCUCUCUAUACCGCUUUAGGAGGUGUUCGCCCUUCAUCUUGCUUGCCUAUAACCAUUGAUGUUGGCACAAACAAUGAGAAGUUGCUGAAUGAUGAGUUUUACAUUGGGCUUAGACAAAGGCGUGCAACUGGGAAGGAAUAUGCGGAGCUUCUAGACGAGUUUAUGCGUGCAGUUAAGCAGAACUACGGGGAGAAAGUUCUCAUACAGUUUGAGGAUUUCGCAAAUCAUAAUGCAUUUGAUCUGCUGGCAAAAUACAGCUCAUCUCAUCUUGUUUUUAACGAUGAUAUCCAGGGCACAGCAUCUGUUGUAUUAGCAGGAUUGCUUGCAUCCCUGAAAUUAGUUGGGGGAACCUUAGCUGACCACACCUUCUUAUUCUUGGGUGCUGGAGAGGCUGGAACGGGUAUAGCAGAGCUGAUUGCUCUAGAGAUUUCAAAACAGACAAAAGAUCCAGUGGAAGAGACCCGCAAGAAGAUCUGGCUUGUGGAUUCAAAGGGGCUUAUUGUUAGCUCUCGUCUGGAAUCACUUCAGCACUUUAAAAAGCCUUGGGCCCAUGAGCAUGAACCUGUGAAGGGGCUUCUAGAUGCUGUGAAGGCAAUCAAGCCAACCGUUUUGAUUGGAUCAUCUGGAGUAGGGAAGACAUUUACCAAGGAAGUGGUUGAAACCAUGGCAUCCUUGAAUGAGAAACCACUCAUUCUUGCUCUCUCGAACCCAACUUCGCAAUCUGAGUGCACAGCUGAAGAAGCUUACUCAUGGAGCAAGGGUAGAGCAAUCUUUGCCAGUGGAAGCCCAUUUGAUCCUGUUGAAUAUGAAGGAAAACUUUUUGUUCCUGGACAGGCCAAUAAUGCUUACAUAUUUCCUGGUUUUGGCUUGGGUUUGAUCAUCUCUGGUGCAAUCCGUGUGCGGGAUGAGAUGCUCUUGGCAGCCUCUGAAGCUUUGGCUGCACAAGUAUCAGAAGAGAACUAUGAUAAGGGACUGAUUUACCCUCCAUUCUCAAACAUCAGGAAGAUAUCAGCCCACAUUGCUGCUAAAGUGGCGGCUAAGGCAUAUGAUCUAGGUCUGGCUUCUCAUCUGCCUCGACCUAAGGAUCUUGUCAAAUAUGCAGAAAGUUGCAUGUACAGCCCAGGCUACCGAAGCUACCGUUGA